CGUGCGCGCGAGGGAAUGAGUUGAAUGAGGGCAACUUUCCGGAAAGCGUCUAAGAUGGCGGCUUGUGAGGUGCGGGAGGGCGCUGCUGCGGGUAGUCCGGCAGCUUCCUCGGAGACGGUGUUGUACCCGCAGCCAGACGGGAGGUUAUUUACGCCGGAGUUAGGCUGCGGAAAGCUGAACCAGUCAGCAGGAGUCAUGGGAGGAAGUUCGCACCAGGAGACGCCUCUUCCUCCUCAGGCCCUUGGAAAGAAGGCAGGGCAAGCCGUCGCCCAAGAGGGGUCGGCGGCCCACCGGCGACAGGCGGCUCCUGACUCCCCGCUCGGAGACCAUGGGCUCUCCUUGCCCUCGGCCCAGGAGAGCGGCCGCCUCGUGCCUCCUACCGCCCUCCCAGGGCAGUGUUUGUUGCACGCAGCUGCCUCCGCCUCGCUGUCGGAGUCCCCGCCUGUCUCCAGCAGUAUCCUGCACAACACGGCGCAGCAGCUCCAGUGUGUGGCCCAGCGAGUCGCCCUCCAGCAGGGCACAGCCAAGGCGGCCGCCGUUGCUCCUACCAGGCUACUCUUGCCCAAACAACUUGAAACUAUGCAUCUCCAAUUACAGCCUGAGCAGGCAAAAGAAAAUGAAAGCCCAGCACUAUCUUUUGCAUCAGUUCAGUCUAAAAAUGUUGCUAUGGCCCAACCAGUUGAGAAGAAUUCUAGGGUUUUAGGGCUCCAUGUUAUCAACCCUCAGAUUAUUCGGAUACAGCCCAUUACAGGAACUGGAUCACAUCAGUUUUUCUUCUGUAAGUCUUCAGAUCCGACAGUUCAGCUACUUCUGCAGAAACCUGCUCAUUCCCUUGGACAAGUAUCUUUAAAUAAAAUAACCACUCAUAGAAUAUUAAAUGAGCAGAAAAACAAAUCUGUUAGAACAUCUGCUGCAGAUGCUUCAAAUGUAACUAUGGGUUCAGCUCAUUCAAACUCCUUUACAAACCACGAGAAGAAGCAAAAAGAGGAAAAGCUUAAAAAAUCCUUGAAGGUGAAAACUCGUUCUGGGCGGAUUUCACGCCCUCCCAAAUACAAAGCUAAGGAUUACAAAUUCAUUAAAACUGAGGACUUGGCUGAUAGUCACAAGUCUGAUUCUGAUGACUAUUCUGAGCUGAUUGUAGAAGAUGAUGAAGAGGGCAAGGAAGUGCCUGCAUUAUUUGGUUCUUUGAACUCUGAUCUGAGGCCAAAAUUGUUUAAAUGUCAAACUUGUGAAAAAUCCUACAUAGGAAAAGGAGGAUUAGCUCGGCAUUAUAAACUUCAUCCAGGUCACCAGCAGCAAGAAUCUUCUCAAUGUUCCCCUAUAAAUAGACCUCAUAGAGUGGUGCUGCUGGAGGACACUGGAAAGGCAUAUGGUGAAAGUAUCCAUCAGACCUCUUCACAGACAACUUCUGUCACUUUAAUAAAUGAAAAUGCACUAGCCAUAGACUUGGAAAAACAGCUUUCUACAGAGAGUGGACAACAGUGCAAAAGCUAUAUCUUCCUUCUUAAUUUCUGGGUAUGCUCUAAGUCUGGAAGGGAAAAAGAAAGCUCCAUGAUUGAGUCUACUACAUCUGCAGAUGAUGGAAUAUUUGCAGAACAACAAAACACCCAGUUAUUACAUGUGGGUCCUGGAAGACCCAGACGACCAAGAAGGCGUGGCCGACCAAAGAUGGCCGAAAGAUCAAGGUAUACUGGAAGAUUUAACAGACCUGGUCAGUUCUCUUCCAAGUCACUUAAUAAUAUAUCAGCAGAGCACCACAGUGUAAUUAAAAGGAAAGCUAGGCUAAAAGAGCUGAUUCAGCAAUGUGGCAAUGAAGAUUUCAUGGAGUUGGCUGUUCCACACUUUACAGCUCUAGUUACUGUAUUUGAAUUCCUGCUGAUGAAGGUGGGGAAAGACUAUCCAGCAAGAGCAGUCUUUCCAGAUGUGUACAGGGAAUUUGAAGAUCUGCAUGCUAUGGUGAAGAAAAUGUGCCAAGAUUAUUUCAGCAAUCCUGGACUAAGUGAGCCUCUGCAAAUAAAAAACCACAAGGUGGCCGAAUCACUCGGAAUUACAGCCAGUCUUCUCGGGACACAAAGGAUUCAAGCAGACUUGUCCCACAAAUGUAUUAAAACUACUGGUGAGCACGUAUUUACAGAGAUGUCAAGACAGAAACGAGCAUCCGAGAGUUCAAAUGAAAUAUUACUAUUUUCAAAAAAGGCCAGAGUGGAAAAUCUGUUGGAGGAUGUGAAUACUGAUUAUUCGAGUAACAGUGAAACGAAAGAAAGAAGUCAUGCAAGUGAAGGUUUUACUCCAGAAGAGAGUGGUGGUGUGAAUAAUUGCUCUAGAAACAGAUUACUGGAAGAACAACCAGAAUUACUUAAAUUAGAAGCUGCAAAUUAUUGUGCAAAUCCAGAUCUGCUCUGCCAUCACAUGGACGUGGCUCAUGAGAGCUUUGAACCUUCAGAUCAUUCAGGUAGCCCAUCUUCAUGGAGUGAAACAUUACCAACUAUCAGGACAGAAAGUGCAGAAGAAAAAAUUGUGGAAUCAAACUCAAACUGGAACACAGCACGCAGGCAACAUGAGUCUGAGUUACAUUACUCUGAUGUAUCGAGUCAGAAUCCUGACUGCUCAAUGCAUGAAAAAAUAUAUAAUGAAAAUUGUAAAGAUUUUCUGGAGGAAGAAAAUCAGAACUUUAAUGAUGACACCAACUCUGAACAAAUUCAGUGUUCUUAUAAAUCCUUAUUAGCACCUUGUCUGUAGCUCAUCCAUUUGGGUCUCCAGCAGAGAGUGGUUCCUCAAUAGGAGGUUGCUUUGAAAACUCUUGGCAAUUCAAUUCAAGGUGAAAUUUACUUGUGGGUUAAAUAGUAUGCUGGACAAAACCGGAGAUUGCAGUGAAAACAGUGAUGUUUGAGGAUUAUGGAUGAGAGCCAUUAAUUCUUCUCUUGGACAUCAUUCAAGCUUCUGAUGGGCUUAGCUUGCUUCAUUCUGGUGCUGCUGUACUGUUGAACUUAUUGUAUAAAAGAAUGGUGGUAUUAUGCAUAUUUGCACAACUGAUGUUCUUUGGGAACUGUGGAGGAAUCUUUAGUAGUACAUAAGUAUGAUAGCAACAAACUAUAAUGAAAUUGUAAAACAGCUCAUUCUUUAAAUGUAUAUAUUUCCUAUUAAACAUUGAAACAUCUUA